CUUUCACUGAUGCAUUCAUCAAAUCCUUAAACCUUUUUUUCAAUUUCUUCCUUCUGUUUGAAUCCAACAUUUUCUUGAUAAGUGAGCGCAUGGCUUGCUGUUCUUACUCCGCCGCCGCUGCUUCGGCGAGAUUCCUCGAUUCUCAUAGCCGCCGCCGCUCAUCAUUCCGAUUAACAUCAGCCAAUUUUCGGAGCCGUCUAUCCCAGAAUUCAUCCUCGAUUUUGUCUUCUGAUUGGCUUCUGAAUUCCCAUUCCUCCUCUCUACCUAUCAGUAACACCGUAUCCUCUAGCCGCCUCAACCCAUUUCGGUCUUUCUCCAUAUUCAAUAGCCUUUCGGACAACAGCUCCACAGAAGACCGUGUAACUGUGUUAGUUAUUGGUGGAGGAGGAAGAGAACACGCCCUUUGUUAUAAGUUAAAAAGAUCUCCCUCUUGUGAUGCUGUAUUUUGUGCACCAGGAAAUGUUGGGAUUUCCAGCUCUGGUGAUGCUACUUGCGUUACAGAUGUUGACAUCUUGAACAGCACAAAGGUAAUUGACUUUUGUCGUAAAAGGGACGUUGGAUUGGUUGUUAUUGGACCAGAGGCUCCUCUUGUCGCAGGUCUUGCAAAUGAUUUGGUAAAGGCUGGAAUUCCUACAUUUGGUCCUUCAUCAGAAGCUGCUGCUUUGGAAGGUUCCAAAGACUUCAUGAAGAGACUGUGUUACAAAUAUGGAAUUCCCACUGCUAAGUAUCAAACUUUUACAGAUCCAUCUGCGGCUAAGGAAUAUAUAAAGAAGCAAGGUGCACCUGUUGUUGUUAAAGCAGAUGGAUUGGCUGCUGGAAAAGGGGUUAUUGUUGCGAUGAAACUGGAAGAGGCUUAUGAAGCUGUCGAUUCAAUGCUUGUAAAAAAUGUUUUUGGUAAUGCGGGUAGUCGUGUUAUAAUAGAAGAGUUUUUGGAAGGAGAAGAGGCUUCUUUCUUUGCUUUGGUUGAUGGAGAAAAUGCUAUACCAUUAGAAUCUGCUCAGGAUCAUAAGCGGGUAGGAGAUGGUGAUACAGGACCGAAUACUGGUGGAAUGGGUGCAUAUUCUCCGGCUCCUGUCUUAACAAAAGAACUUGAGUCUUUUGUAAUGGAAAAGAUAAUUCUUCCUACUGUUAAAGGAAUGUCAGCCGAAGGCUGCAGAUUUGUUGGCGUCUUAUUUGCUGGACUCAUGAUUGAGAAGAAGUCUGGAUUACCCAAGCUAAUUGAGUACAAUGUCCGGUUUGGAGAUCCCGAGUGCCAGGCAUUGAUGGUGAGAUUGGAAUCUGAUCUGGCACAAGCCUUACUUGCAGCUUGUAAGGGAGGACUUAAAGGUGUAACUUUGAACUGGUCAACUGGAUCUUCGAUGAUAGUUGUCAUGGCAAGUAAAGGAUAUCCUGGAAGUUAUGAGAAAGGAAGUGUGAUUAGUAACCUCCAAGAAGCAGAAAAUGUUGAUCCAAAUGUUAAGAUUUUCCAUGCUGGGACAGAGCUGAGCUCAGAAGGAGAAUUCAUUGCGAAUGGAGGGCGAGUUCUUGGCGUAACUGCUAAAGGAACAAAUCUUAGAGAAGCACGUGACUUGGCGUAUAGAUCUGUCGAUGAAAUUAACUGGCCGGGUGGAUUUUAUAGACAAGAUAUUGGUUGGAGAGCCCUUUCUUAGAGAUAACGAAAUUAUUUGUACUCUUUAUUGUGUUCAAGUGUUUGAAAAAUGAUGGUGGUUAAAAGAGAUGGUAAAAAACCAUGAAGAGGUAAUUAAGGGUUAUGUAAUUUUUGCAGUUUAACUUUAGACUGAUUUUAUAAUUUGAUAUUGUUCAUUUA